GUCUUGAAUUUUCUCGUGAAUUUAGAGCAGUGAAGAAAGGCGAAAAAAUGGUGGUGAACUUCAAGGUGUUUAAGAAGUCCUCGCCCAAUGGAAAAAUCACCCUUUACUUGGGAAAGCGGGACUUUGUGGAUCAUCUAUCGGCCGUGGAGCCAAUCGAUGGUGUCGUUGUGCUGGAUGACGAGUACGUGCGGGAGCAGCGCAGGAUCUUCGGACAGAUCGUCUGCUCCUUCCGCUAUGGCCGCGAAGAGGACGAAGUGAUGGGACUCAACUUCCAGAAGGAGCUCUACUUGGCCUCGGAGCUGCUCUUUCCCCGGGAGAAGAGCAACCCCUCGCUGACCAAGCUGCAGGAGCGUCUGCUGAAGAAACUGGGUCCCAACGCCUAUCCCUUCACCUUCACCCUGCAACCCAACGCCCCGGCCUCGAUCACGCUCCAGCAGGGCGCCAACGAGGAGGGCGACCCGUGCGGCGUGCAGUACUUCGUGAAGAUCUUCUCCGGGGACUCCGAGAGCGACAGAACCCACCGCAGAUCCACCGUGACGCUGGGCAUUCGCAAGGUGCAGUACGCGCCAACCAAGCAAGGCGCGCAGCCAUGCACGGUGGUGCGCAAGGACUUCGUGCUGAGCCCAGGAGAGCUGGAGCUGGAGGUGACGCUAGACAAGCAGCUGUAUCACCACGGCGAGCGGAUUGGCGUGAACAUCUGCAUCCGCAACAACUCCAACAAGGUGGUGAAGAAGAUCAAGGCGAUGGUGCAGCAGGGCGUCGACGUGGUGCUGUUCCAGAACGGCCAGUAUCGCAACACCGUGGCCACGAUGGAGACCAGCGAGGGAUGCCCCAUCCAGCCGGGCUCCAGUCUGCAGAAGGUGAUGUACUUGAUGCCGGUGAUCAGCUCCAACAAGUUCCGCCGCGGCAUCGCGCUGGAGGGACAAUUCAAGCGCGUUGACGGCAGCCUGGCGUCCACAACGCUGCUCGCCAAUCCCGAACAAAGAGACGCCUUCGGGAUCAUCGUGUCCUACGCCGUGAAGGUGAAGCUCUUCCUGGGCGCUCUCGGUGGGGAAGUGUCAGCUGAACUCCCCUUCGUCCUGAUGAAUCCCAAGCCCAACACCAGGGGAAAACUCAUUCAAGCCGACAGUCAGGCCGAAGUGGAAACCUUCCGCCAGGACACCAUUGAUCCCGAGUCCGCUGACGCCUACUAAAGCAAGGACAUCUAACAACGGAAUAUAUAUGCUUUAUUAAGAAAUAAAAUAUAUCACAACGCA